CGGAAUAACAGAACCAUAGAAGUCAACAUAAAAAUCGUAGAUGACUACACCUUUACUUGAGUACCACAUCCAGGUUCCCAAACAUGUUUCCGCACUGUCUUGGUCUCCCAAUGGAGACCUUUGCCUCGGCUCAGAGGAUGGAAGCGCUCGUGUAUACCAUCCACCCGAAAAUAAAGUCGUAAAAGCUAUCAGAGGCUUAGGAGAUGAGGUCUCUUCCAUAGCAUGGGGUAAGGGUGGCAAGGAGGAUGCUUCGGGCCACAUUUUUGUGGCGGCAGGAUGUCAGGUCAUGUCUUUUGACCUGAGUAUCGCCAAACUGGUACUAUCUGCUUCAGAUGCAUCCCAUACCUUUGACAUCGGCGAGGAUCCGGAAGACGUCCUGAACGAAGUCGUGCUCCACCCGAACGGAAAAUAUCUCGCAUUCAGCACUGAUAGCGGAACGGUUGGGGUCAUCGAGCUGUCCAAUAAAAAAAUCACCAGGAUGAAGACACGGCAUACCAGCUUGUGUGGGACGGUCAAGUUCAUACCAGAUCGCCCAAGCGAACUGGUAAGUGGCGGCUACGACUCCGCUCUGUUACACUUCGACUUCAACCAGGGAACAAUGUUAUCACGGCAUGACUUCACUGCCCCAGCACAAUCGUCGGGCAUUUCGCUCUCGCCGCCCUUCGUGUUGUCGUCCGCGAUAUCGUCUACGGCCCUUCUAGCCGUAGGCACAGCUGACGGACGAUUAUGGCUCGGAGGUGGGGGCGAGAAGCUCCCUAGUGCUAGUGUGAAGAAAAAGCGUAGCCGGAAAUGGGACGGUCUCAAGGCUGAAGGUGCACUUGAGAUCAAGAUCGCAGAAGGGCCUGUAGUUGCUGUCGAAUUUUUUGACCCAACAAAACUGAUGACAUGCACAUUGCUCGGCACCAUCACCUGUCACUCCAUUCAACGCGAUGAGAACCAGAAUAUAGGUAUAGAGACGAUGUGGAGAGCUCAGACGAAAUCGAUCGCGAAGGUCAACGCGAUGGGUGUCCAUGCAGGAUGGAUCUCAGUCGGUGGAUUCAACAAGGAUGGGCAGGGACUCGUCGAGAUGUGGAGAGUCGGUGUUGAAGAUCCUACUCCGACGCAGCCUCCGACAUAGAGCAGGGAUGAUGUGUAGCAUUAAAAGCGUAAUAUAUCGAACUAUAAUCGAAGCCAUGCAUCUAAGCCUCCGAUGAAGGCGAACUAGAUCCCUGAUUCGCCUCUUCAACAACAAUCGCCCACGUCUGUUCUCUCUCCUCGUUCUCCAGCACAGCGAUUCUCUUCAGUGCAGCGUCCCUCUCCUUCCUCAACUUCGUAAGGUACUCUUCGUUCGACAUCCGCUGCAAUCCAAACAAGCUCGCUACUUUGUCCAGGAAUGGAGGUACACUUUGAGGUUCUGUAGGCUUCGUCUGGACGGGGGCUGGUUGUGGUGAAGCCCGGAGCUUUUGCGAAACGAAUUUGAGACGCGUCACUUCGAGCUCGUUCACUGCUAGUUGGGCAAUCGUGCACCCGAGAGCACCCAUCAGGAACCCUGGGAGGGCACCGCGUAUGCCACGUCUCCAGGAGUUCAGAAACGUGCCAGCUAAUGCGCCGCUGGCAAGUGAGUCCGGAACGUUUUGUGUUCGUAUGUCUCGCCAUGUCAAAGACUGGUGUGGCAGCAUAGUGGAUGGUUCACCGCUUGACGCUGCUUCACGAUCUCGUCUACGGCGCGCGUACUGCUCAUACGGAAGCGUGGAUGUGAGCAAUGGGCUGGCAACGUAUUCUCUCAAACUGAAGAAUGUCGCGCCAGCGACUCCCGAGUUCACAGCUGCUGAAGUCGCGAAGACGGUGGAAAUGGCGCGUCCUUUUCCUUUAGCGAGUCCAUAUGUGCCUGCUAGUAGUGCCCCAAGUACCGUUGCAUGUAAGGACUGUAUUUUUGGCAACUGCCAAGGGUGUUGAUGGGUCCAUCGAAGGCUACCGAUCCGAGGAGAAUGUGAGCAACUACUCCAAAGCAGUUGAUUUAUC